AUGGAACCCGUUCCUGAGACAGAGCGAAUGGAGGAGUUUCGGCCCACGUCUCUCCCCUCAUCAAGAGCGUCGUCUUCUGCUUCGGCGACUCCAUCUACGUUGACGCCAGUCGGCCCUCCGGAAUUCGACUACCUGCGAAAGCCUCCCACGAUCCGCCGAUCGACCGAUCCCUCACCUUCGUCCUCACCAAUCUCUCCAACAUGGACACCUGGGUCUUUGCUCACAUACCGUCCUCGUGCAUCCUCGCCGCUGUCUAGCAACCACGUGCGAUCCAGGUCGGCCGCAAGCCUGGCCCCGCCGCCCAUGGUGCGCACACAGUCGAUGCCAGGAAUCAAUGGCGGUGGUCACUUUUCAUUGUCGCCUCAGUUUCGUCCUUCGAGCCCUGCAGGAUCUCCCAGCCGCAUUAGGGUCCCCCGAAAGCCGGUUGACGAAGCCUUUCCCACAUCGCCAACCCGGAUUUCGGUUCACGACCCUGAGCGGAAGCUUGCGGAGAGGAACAGUUCGCCCAACCUGGCUCUGAGCUUAACAUCUUCAGCCACUAUUCCCAAGUUACGGCGGCCGGCCUCUCCCCUUCGUCAAAUGGCUGUUCCCGGCGCGGGCUCGUUUCCGGUCAAUGGCUCUCUUACUCCAUCUGCAGUUGCCACAUCGCCGUCUUACCGCGCGUAUGAUGCGUUUUCUAGCACCUCCACCUUUUCGACAUAUCCAUCAUCAUCUGUCCCGUCUACCCCAACUUCACUUCGAUCCAGAAGCCCCAGUAUUUCCAGUCUUGAAACCAUCCCAGACUCACCAGAUGCAGAGGAGGCAGCUUUGGAGGCUGAGAGGAUAGCGCAGCUCAAGGCAGCAGCGGAGGCAGCUGAAGGCGGCGAGGAAGAGAAGGGAAGGAGCAGUCUUGAUGGCCCAUCUCGUGGUAGGACCCUGAGUGGUUUCAGCUCCCGGGACAAGCGGAAGCGGUGGAGUGUAUGUGGUGCCGAGAGACGACAGGACUUGGAUUUGGAGACGAUUUGGGAGGAUUGA